AUGUCGUUUUCAUUUGGCUCCAAUAAUACUCAGCAAACGGCACCGUUUGGAAACUCUGCAAAACCUACUUUUUCUUUUGGAAGCACAAAUACUGCCACAACCAGUACUGCUGGUUUUGGUGGAUUUGGGACAGCUACAUCUUCUGGGUUUGGUGGAUUUGGAUCAACUGCCAGUAAUACAGCCACUCCUUUUGGAACACAAUUAGGUACUACACCAGCAACUACUGCACCAUCACUGUUUGGAGGUACAGGAUUUGGAAAUACUGCUGGAAAACCUGCUUCAGGUUUUGGUUCGGGUUUUGGUACAAACACAUUUGGCACUGGAACAACUUUUGGAACUGGAACUUCAGCAUUUGGAAGUGCAGCCCCCACAUUUGGAACCAAUACUUUAGGCUCAAACACCUUUGGCAAUACUGGUUUUGGAACUGGUACAACAUUCGGUACUGCAUUCGGAAAUAAGCCUGCAACCACUGGGUUCACAGGGUUUGGAUCAGGCCUCGGUAACACAAGUGCAUUUGGACAACAACUGCAGCAACAGCAGCAACAACAGCAACAACAACAAGGUCCCACGACUGCUCAUGAGGCACUCGUAGCAGCCGUAUUUAACUGUUGCGUAUUUGGUGAUGAGAGGGAUCAGGUGCUUGCAAAAUGGAAUCUACUUCAGGCGCAAUGGGGCACAGGUCAGGCCUACUACAACAGGAAUGCCCCUGCAUUGGAGUUGAAUGAACAAAAUCCACUCUGUCGAUUUAAAGCAGUAGGGUAUUCAAGACUUGCAGGAAAAGAAGAUAAAGAUGGUCAUGUAGCUAUGAUGUUUAAUAAAUCAGAGCAGGAAAUAAAAAAUAAUCAGCAAGCUUUCAUAACAAUGUUGUCUAAUAUACUUGGAAAUAAACCGAAUUUGGCUGUCAAUGUUGAAUCAAUUAAAUCUAUUGCAGAGAAUAAAAGUCAGGUGGUGGUGUACGUGGUGGACAAGAACGCGGGCGGUGCUCACGUGUCCGCCUCGGAGCUGGCCACUUUUCUGGGCAGCGGCAACGCCCGGAACAGCCUCAACUCCUCGGGCUGCUGCACCGUCACGGCCGCCACCAAGCCCACGCUGCAGAUGCUGGAACAUUAUCUGCAGACCCCGCCCCCCGGUAUGGACAUGCGGCUAUGGAAACAAGCGCAAGCUGAUAAUCCCGACCCGGACAACUACAUUCCUGUUCCCAUAAUUGGAUUCACGGAGAUAAAGUUCCGGGCGCGGUGCCAGGCGGAGCAGGCGGCCCUGCAGGCGAGCUGGCUGCGGCGCGCCGGCGACACGCUGGACGAGCUGCGCACCAGGCGCGUCGCGGCCGCGGCCAGCCUGGCGCAGCUCGCCGCGCGGCUGCACUCGCUGCGGCACGUGCUGCUGCAGGUGAUCGCGCGUCAGGAGGUGCUGGGCCGCGUGGGCGCCGCGCUCGGCCCCGAGGAGGAGGCGGCGAGGGCGCGUCUGCACGAGCUCUCCUCGCAGCUGGCGGCGCCGCCACUUUUCAACGGCCGGCUAAACGAGCUGCUGUGCGCCGUCAGGCUGCAACGUAGCGCCAGCUCGGGUGCACCGCACGAGCGCUAUCACUUGGACCCGGGAGCGCAAGAGGACGUGAAGCAGUUCCUAACGCUGCAACAGCGCGGCAUGGCGCAUUUAAUGGACACAGCGCAGAAGGACCUCGCCGCUCUCAACACCAUCGCGGAGGGCAUGUCAAGGCUAGUGCAGGCC